AUGGUUCGUCGAAACGAAAUUUUCGGAAUAACGAUAGUUGCCUCGAUUUGCCUUCUCCUCAUAGGGUUCAGCCAGAAGGACCCUACGAAUUAUCAAAGAUCUCACAGGUUUCAGCAGUUGUUGGAGUUAGAAGGGAGUUUUAGAUAUAAGAAUUACACAGUUCCUAUACCAUCCAUGAAUAAUGUGAUUUCGCUUCAGAAAAACCAAAUUUACAGAGAAUUAAGUGAAUACGAAUUUCCUGAGGGGUACAAUUUAGAAGAUUUUACUUUAUCCACAGGAGGUAAGCCUAUCCGGACUAUCAUUAUAACUACAUGGAGAUCCGGUUCAACAUUUUUAGGAGAUAUACUUAAUUCGGUACCGGGAAAUUACUACCACUACGAGCCCCUUCUUGAAUAUGAAAUCGUGCGAAUUAGAGGCUACCCUUACGCCGAGCGGGCUCUCAGAACGCUCAAGAACCUUUUGCACUGCGAUUACAAGAAACUUCGCAGUUACUUGCGCUAUGGCAGAUCGCACGUUUAUUUAUUCACCCACAAUACCAGACUGUGGGAUCAAUGCGAGCAAUUUCCCUCGUACUGCUGGAAUCCAAAUUUUUUGAGCCAGUUUUGCAAACUGUUUCCGUUCCAAAGUAUGAAGAGCGUUCGCUUGAGUUUAGAUUUGGCUGAAAACCUUUUGGAAGACUCUAGUUUGAACGUCAAAGUGAUUUUACUGAUAAGAGACCCGCGCGGUACUCUGCAAUCCCGCAAACACCGAGAUUGGUGUCCGGGGAACCCUGACUGUGAUCAACCCUUAAAUUUGUGUUCUGACAUGGUAUCGGAUUACUUAGCAGCCGGAAAAUUGAAGAAGAAAUACUCGGAUAGAUUUAGGGCUUUGCGUUACGAAGACCUCUCCCUAAAUCCGUACGAAAUAGUCCAAGAGCUGUUCAGCUUUCUGGGGCUGCAUUUCCACAAUUCGGUCAAGCAAUUUCUAAAUUCCCACACGCGAGUCAACAUCGGCGGCGUGUCGAGCACGUUCCGGGAUUCGAAGAGCGCUCCGUUCCACUGGAAGACCGAUCUGAAUUACACCGAGAUCCAGGCCAUCGAGGAAGUGUGCGAGGACGCGAUGAAAUUGUGGGGCUACGUUCGAUCGAAAAACGCCACCGAUGUGAAGGAGUUCAAUUCUCUAACCAAGUACGAUAUUGCCUAA